CAUGCUGAGGAACAAGAAACACACCAAUUAUAGAGCCAGACGAGGCAAAGUCUCCGCUUUUGGCGUGUUUCCCCUCGUUAGCUUAUUUCUAAUUUCCCAUGCCAACCCCGUCAAGUCCAUCUCGUCUUUGUUUCUCCAUCAAUUAUCAACUUGAACCAUCACCAGUCCCCUCAACUUGAUCGCUUCCAUCGUUGAAGCAUCUUGGACGGUCUCGGCAUAGCCUGGCUCAACAGUGUCCGACACUCUCGCUUCAUUAUUUACGGACCUGAACGCCAUUUGAACUUCCCCGCGUCAGCCGAAAGUCUGUCAUCGCGCGCAUCAUCGAAACAUCAACAAUGGUUCACAGUGUCGCAUUUUACUGUCGCAUAUAGUCCAACAGCUUUAAGCCCAUUCAAGGCACGCAGGCGCAUCUAAUUACCAAGCUGAUUUCAGCGGUAGCCGACCGCAUCAAUCCAUCGCAAUCAUGAAGCUAUUCACAGCAUCUCUCAUCUUAUUCUCAUGGCUUGCCCAAUUUCCUUUAGCAAUAGCCGGCAGGGUCCUCGAGUCAAAAUCGCUCAACAGUUGCCAGCAGGGUUCCCUAUUGACUGCCAGUCUCUUUCACGUUGUCGUCACACCAAACAACUCACUGGCCACCGUCAACGUCAAUGCUCUGGCAUCUAUUCAAGGCUAUGUAAACUUUGAUGUUACACUCGAAGCCUACGGCCAUCAGUUCAUUCACGAGGUUGUCGAUCCUUGCAGAACUAGCUUCGACCUGUCGAGUCUAUGCCCUAUGACACCCGGCGAUAUCGAUAUCAAGUUCAACUUCCCAAUUGGCAAUGCCUUGGAUGCGAUUCCCGGCAUCGCUUAUGGCAUUCCUGACCUGGAUGCCACCGUGCGCGCAUAUAUCAACAUGACCUCCACGGGCGAGAGCAUUGCAUGUGUCGAGGCUGAUUUCUCCACUGGUAAAACCGUCGAGCAACUCUCAGUCAAAUGGGUCACUGCCAUCAUCAUUGGAAUCGGUCUCGUUUCUUCAGCACUCAUCUCGCUAGCCGGCUACGGCAAUGCAGCAGCUCAUCUUGCCGCCAACACUUUGUCACUCUUUGGGUACUUCCAGGCUCAGGCUAUCAUCGGACUUUCCGCUGUUACCAUGCCACCAAUCGUGGAUGCUUGGACGCAGAACUUCCAGUGGUCUAUGGGUAUCAUCCGAAUGGGCUGGAUGCAAGAUAUCUUCACUUGGUAUGAUCGCGCUACAGGGGGUAAGCCAGCUCGUCUCUUUGACAAUCUCGCUACUGCUUCCGUCCAAGUUGUGAAGCGGUCUUUGGAAAGCAUCCCUGGUGCUGCAGCUCUGAUCCGCCGUGACUUCGCCUUCUCGAAACGAGGCAACAUUGAACUCGAAACCGGCUCAUACUUGGUCUAUGGCAUCCAGCGCGUGGCGUUUCGCUCACAUAUUGAGACAACGAACCUCUUCCUAACUGCCAUUGUCUUCUUUGGCAUCUUCACUGUCUUCGCCUGUAUCCUGGUCUUCCUCUUCAAGCUCAUCCUUGACCUGUGUGCCAAGCAGGCUUGGAUCAAGCGAGAGCGCUUCCUCGAGUUCCGAACAGAAUGGCGCACCAUCCUCAAGGGAAUUCUUCUCAGACUCACCCUAAUGGGCUUCCCUCCCAUCACCAUCCUCUGCCUCUGGGAGUUCACGCAGGUUGACUCGGCUGCGCACGUUGUCCUCGCUGUCUUCUUCUUUUUCACGGUUCUGCUCACCCUCACCGUGGCAGCUUUGAAGAUCGUCACCCUCGCGAGACACAACAACCCAGUUGUUACUCUUUACUCGAACUCGCGAAUCCUCAACAAGUGGGGAUUCUUGUACAUCCAGUAUCGGGCUACCGGCUACUACUUUAUCGUGCCCCAGCUUGCUUACAUCUUUGUCAAGGGCAUGUUUGUUGCUCUGAGCCAGAAGAGCGGUGUUACCCAGGCAGUCGCCCUCAUUCUGAUCGAAGCCGCUGCUUUAAUCGCCACCAGCGUCAUGCGCCCCUUCAUGGACAAGAGCACGAAUUCCUUCAACAUUGCCAUCUUCGUUCUCAACUUCCUCAACGCCAUAUGCCUCUUCAUCUUCACCAAUGUUCUCGGCAUGCCUCGAAUGGGUCCCUCUGUCACUGGCCUCGUUCUCUUCGUCGCCAACGCCGCUUUCUCCCUAAUCCUGCUACUCAUGAUCAUCAUAUCGAGCGCCCUCGUGUUCUGGCGAAAGAAUCCAGAUGCACGAUACCAGUUUAUGGCUGAUGAUAGAGCUUCGUUCAUGAAGUCUAGGUCUUCAACGCAGAUCGAUACUAUGACACAGCUCGAUGCAUUGGCAGCCACAGCCCGCGGAGACCCAACAGGUCGCUCUCGCCCUGUGUCGAGGUCUUCGUCAGACUUUGUGGCGCCUGUGUUUCCCAAUACCGGGACCAAGCAUACUUCGACAUCUACUCUUUCUUCAAGAAGCCCGCAUAAAGACUCACAAAUAGAUGUCAGGGCAACAGAGCGGUAGAGCGCUCGCAUUGACGUACGAUGAUUCUUCGUCAGACGGAAUAAGAUAAAUUUACACUGUUUUAUAUUGUAAUCAUUACCUAUGCCUUGAGCGUAGUGUUCGAACAUUCCUUGCAAAGAUCUAGUUUCAGUAUUCGUUCUUUAACCUGACGAAGUUCUACAUAAGAUAGAGUGCAUAGUAAUUUAUAAAUGCUAGUAAGAUGAGAACCCAGGUUCUGACUCA